ACCCACCAGUCCCGGCGUCUGGAUUAGAAGCAAGGAUGCUGCUGGUUCUUCUCUUCUCCACGGCCGUCCUCCCGCUCGCUGUGGACUCUCUCCAGCCUGAGCAACCUCAUACUGCUCGAGUUAUCAGCGGCCACGAAGCCUCGCCCAGGCCCUACAUGGCCUAUGUGCAAAUCGGCUCCUCAGGAAGCUGCGGUGGGUUCCUGAUCCGGGAGGACGUGGUGUUGACGGCGGCUCAUUGCAACUGCAACCUAGGUCACAUCUUUGUCUACCUGGGAGUCCAAGACUUCAUGAAACCAGGACAGAACUGGCAACGGAUCCGUGUUCGUCGCUGGGUCCAGCACCCCGACUUCAACAACGAGAACUAUGACAAUGACAUCAUGCUGCUGAAGAUGACACACGGUGCGGAUCUGAACGAAUGGGUAGGGACCAUUCCCCUGCCGGAGGCCAAUGACCACCUCCUCCCAGGCGCCAAGUGCAGCGUGGCCGGGUGGGGUCGGACCGGCGUGAACACCAGCACCGACAGGCUGCAGGAGGCGGAGCAGGAGGUGGUGUUGGGGGAUUUGUGCCAAAAGCAGUACCGGCAUUACAACCCCACCACAAUGCUGUGCGCCGGAAACUCCCAAACCAACGAAUCAGCAUACCAGGGUGAUUCCGGCGGGCCCCUGGUGUGCAAUGGGACUGUCCGUGGCAUCGUCUCCAGUGGCGAUCUGAAUGGGCACCCCCCCAGCAUCUACACGAGAAUCUCCCACUUCAUCCCCUGGGUCAAUGAAAUGCUGCAGAAACUGAGUUAAAGGCGUCCUUCCCCUUGACAAGGCAAAUUUUGCCCCCGGGGGAUUUGUGUCUACACGGGACCCAAGAUGCUUUAGAUCACAGUAUUUUAUAUUUUAGUGUGAGAGAAAUGUAGCAAAGGGCUCAGUUCUGAGAUCCUUGAGCACCUAGCAA